GCAGAGGCGGCAGUUGAGGUGUGGCGGCGCGCAGAAAACUGCGAGUGGAACUCCAGGGGGCGGGAAGGCUGUGAACCUCCUCUCCCGGAGAGGCCGGCUGAGGCGCUUGUGAGGUCGGCCAUGGCCAAGCUGCACGGGCUGCAAGCCGACUACGCCUUCCGGGGCGUGGAGCACGUGGUGCGGAUGACGGUGGAAGGGAACCUCCUGGAGGUGGAAGUGGAGGACCGGCUGACCACGGACCAAUGGCGAGGAGAGUUCGAUGCAGCUUUCAUCGAAGACCUGACGCACAAGACGGGGAACUUCAAGCAGUUCGGGAUCUUCUGCAGCAUGCUGGAGUCGGCCCUGACGCAGAGCAGUGAGUCGGUCACCCUGGACCUACUCACCUACUCGGACCUGGAGUCGCUGCGGAGCCGGAAGACCGGGGUGGGCCCAAGGCUCACGUCUGCCGCCAAAAGCUCCCCGCUGAGCUCCAAGCGCUACCUGAUACUGAUCUACUCAGUGGAGUUUGACAGGAUCCACUAUCCUCUGCCACUCCCCUACGUGGGGAAGCCGGACCCCGUCGUCCUGCAGAAGGUGAUUCGGGAGCUGAAGGAGGAGCUGGCCAUGCUGAAGGUGAAGCCGGGCAAGGAUUUCCGGGACACCGAGAUCCGCCGUCUCCGGGACGAGCUGCAGCACGUCUUGGAGGAGAAGCGGGUGGCCGAGACGGCCUUGGCGGCCCUGCAGGAGGAGCUGAAGCUGGCCAGCAAGAGCGGCGCCCUCAAGGAAGUGAAGAUCCUCAAGAAGGUGGUCCAGAGCCUGGAGGAGCAGCUGGCCAAGGAGCGGACCAAGCACCAGCGGGCGGCCAGCAAGCGUCUGCAGGAGAGCCGGCAGCUGGCCGACGAGCUGGCCGAGCUGAAAGCCACGGAGCGGGGCCUCCGGAUCCGCGUGAGGAACCUGACCAACGAGCUGGCCUUGUACAAGAAGGGGCGCUUCACCCCCACCGCGCCGUCCCCCCCGAACCACUUCGCUCACCCCGGCCUGAGCCGAGCCGGCACCGCGGCCAAGAGGAGAGAGGACCGCCGCUCCACCUCGGGGGAGCGAUCUAACUCGCGGGAGCGCAACGGGGCCUGGGGGUCCAGCCGACAGCGGUCCUCCUCAAGGGAGGGCCGCAGCGGGAGCCAGGGCCGGCUGACGCGGCAGUCCCCCUCCCCUACAGGCUCACGAGGGCCACGCUUCGACCCCACGGCCUUUGUGAAAGCCAAGGAGCGCAAGCAGAAGGAAGCCGAGCAGAACAACAGGCGGUGCCUCCGCCGAGGGAUGGGAGACGCUCCGCCCAGCGGGUGGCGCCACCCUCAGUCCAGAGGGCCGUCGGCUUUCGGCGCAGUUGGGAAGUCCCGGGGCAGGAGUUCUUCCGCUCCUAGUGGCUUCACCCACGCGGUUGCACCCUGGGGCACCAAGCGCCGCAGGCAGGGCCGCCUAGAGAUGGGUCGGAAGCGAGUGGGAAGGGGCCGGAAACCCCUCGGCAGCUCCUCGUGGAACAGACCGCCCGGGGCUCCUCGAGCAGACAGCGGCCACAGGAAGCCCUUGGUGAGCACCCCGACCGGAGGCAAGCGCGGGGACAAAGAAAACAUGUAUGACGAGCCGUCAGCUGACCUCUCCGAGAUCGACGCCCGGCUCCAGGCCUUGCAGGAGUACAUGAACAAGCUCGAGACGAGGACGUAGACCCCCACAGAGGCGGGAGGCGGCGAGGAGACCGGCUCGCCCAGGCCCUCCGACCGAGCUCAGCAGCACGCCCGCAGCGGCCGAGGACAAGUCCGAAAUCGCAGAGGGUUUCCUCCCCUCUGAAUAAUACCAGCACCCUGCCUAACUUUUUCUACACUCGAUUGCGGGUCUGAAAUGCAGAGAUCUUUCAGGGGUGUGGGAAUGGUGGGUUUGUCACAUUUCCCACGCACGUUCACGCACGGCAUGUCUUACUGAAGUGGAGCGUUUUUCUCCCGCGGCACGGCUUAGGACCCCCCCGAGUGUGGAGUCCACAGCGCACCAGGUGCGAGAGAGUGUGCGCAGCCCUCUCGACCCACAUUAUACGCCACUUUGCCUUAAGAGAAGAGCGUGGGAGGAUUUGUUGGGCAUUAGAGUGCCCCUUUCCUGUCCUGAUUCUGACUCCCCGUCGGUCCUGAUCCUGACGAAACAGGCCGCAGCCUUGAGAGCAGAGCGAUGCUGUUCCACCCGGGCGGGCGGCCUGCCUUCCCUCCGAUCCCAGCUGAGCUGGAAGAAGACAGGUUUUCUGUUCGGAGUCGUUCCCCUUGCCUCUCCCACGCUCUUCUCCAACAUGGAGGGGGGGCAGAUGCUUUUGGGCCACUGAUUUGAUGCUCCUUGGAGGGGAAGGUCGACCUCUGGGUGCAGCUUCAGCGGAGUCAGGGAAAACCUCAGCGCUGCCCUUAGGAGAUAAUAGAGGCGCUGGUGGUGAUCGAAAAAGGCAAUUUGUUGCUUUCCUUCAUUUGGUUUUUCUUCCCUGCCGGGGCAGGCGCCCAAAGUGAGCUGAGCCAGUGAAAAUUUAGUCUGAAAUGUCACAGCCUGGUUACUGUUGACCUGACCUCUCAACAGUGCUAAAAGGCUGCCCGCCCUACCCAGCCAGACCGUUCCCUGGCUUAACCAAGCGCGACCGCUGUGCUGAGUGGCAAUUAUUCCCCAGCACUUUUGUGGGGGUCUCUCUUCUGGCUCACAAUUCCCUGCGAUCUCUUUCCAAACAUUCCUGAAAGCGCUUUCCCCAGCUUCUCUCCAGAAUAGGGGGUGCC